AUGAAUUCAGUAUUGAAUAUUGUUUAUUUCUAUUUCAGGCAACCUCCAAUAGAUCAAGCUUUUUAUAGAAAUUUGGCUAUGUUAAUAACAAUUUACCCACUUGGUAAUCGAGAGUGGUGGGGAUACAAAAAGCCUAAUAAAUUAAUACAUUUACAUAGGAAAAUAAGUGUAAUAUUUGGACCGGUUUGCGUUGUGUCCCAGAUAGCUUAUGUCAUACUUAAUUACGAAAACAUCCCUUUUAGUACAUAUAGUACAAUUUUAUCAAUAUUUCCUGUAUCAUUAGUUACAAAUGCAUGUGUUUUUUCAGCGCGAUUCAAAAGUUAUGAAAAAAUAAUGAAAUUAUUUAUGAACAAAAUUCAUCUUUACAACUACAGAGAUGUUAACGAGUUAACGAGACAAAAUGCGAUCAAAGUAGAACGUUACACUCGACUGGCGUUAUGUUUUUUAACAUUCUCAUUAAUGACCGAUGGGUUUCUCUGGAUCAGUGUACCUUUGAGACACUUUGCACAAAAUGUUGAAGGAAUAAAAAAUCAAACAGUAAUGUUACGAACGUUGUUAUACUUUUGGAUGCCAUACGAUUACACAUACAAUAUAAGAAAUUGGGUCAUAACUCAUAUGAUUAAUUCUUACAUCUGCGUCACUGCAUGUACUAUUAUUAUUGCUUUCAACACAGUUAAUUAUAUGUUUGUAUUCCACUUAAUUGGUCACAUACAAAUGUUCAAGCACAAAUGUCGGACGGAAUUUUCUAAUACUCUAAGUGAUAAUGCUAUCAAAGAAAAGCUUACUGGUUUAAUAAAAGACCACUCUUUUAUAAUCGAGGUGUUCAACGAUAUGAAAGACGCAUUUGGCUACAAUGUGACUGGGAGCUACUGUCACAAUUUACUAAGUGAUAGUUUUUUACUUUAUCAAAUUAUGUUUGGGGAUAAAGAGGACUGGCUGUUAUACGGCUUGAUGGUUUUUGUAUACUUAGGCGGACUUAUUGUAAUGUCAUUAGUACUCGAAGAAAUACGUCGUGAAAGUGAUGAUAUGGCAGAAGACAUUUACAGUAUCCCGUGGGAAAACAUGUCGAUACCCAACCAGAAGACUUUAAUGAUGAUGUUGGCUCGCGCACAGCCUUCUCUGGAGUUUAUUUCUGCGGGUGGAUUGAGAGCAGGAGUCCGACCCACUAUAUCGAUAAUAAAAUCAACAUUCACAUACUAUGUCAUGCUGAAAACAAGUAUAAAAGUUGACUAG